GACACCUGCCACGACACGGAAGGAAGAUUUUGUGUCAUUGAGUGAAUCCAGUAUAUACCGUAGACAUGAGGUGGCACGCUCCACAGAAGGCCAGCGCCUCCUAUUCAUGCUCUGGGAACUCAGGCAACAUGUCUGGGAAAGAGGACUUGGAAAUCAAUGAGUGCCAGUUAUCCACCAUCCAAGUGGCAACGCAUGGAGAGACCACACUAAACGGGGACAGCCAGGCAUGUGCCCGUGGUGGGGCCGUAAAGGUGGAGAAAAGGCGAAACUGGGGUUGGCUUUUGUCUGGAUUCAUCUGUUUAAAUGUACUGCUCCUGGGAAUUGUUUUUGUCAGCGGUAGCGUCUUUAACGGUGCGCAGAUUUCAACUUCGCACCUACAGAUUUUCCUCAUCUUAAUCGUUCUUCUCACUACCAUAUGGAUGGUUUACUACAAAGCCCAUACAGCGAGGGUGUAUCGUGCAGUACUGUACAAAGACAGCCACGCCGGACCCGUCUGGCUAAGAGCUGGCCUGGUUCUGUUUGGCAUCUGCAGUGUUAUCAUGGACAUUUUUAAGAUCGUUUACUAUGUGGGUUAUGCACAGUGCGAGUCGCCGGUGAAGAUCGCGUUUCCUGUUGUGCAAGCCGUGUUUGUUAUUGUGCAGACUUAUUUUCUCUGGGUCCACGCCAAAGACUGCGUACAGCUACAGCAAAGCAUCACACGUUGUGGUCUGAUGUUGACGUUGUCGACGAACCUUGUGGUUUGGAUGACAGCCGUGACAGAGGAGUCACUUCAUCAAACCAUUAUUCCAAGCAACGGUUCAUCUAACACCCCUCACAGCUUCAACUUGACAGAGAAAGCAGCAGACAUGAGUGACUGCGAAUGCAGCCACAACGUAUGUGACGUCUUCGAAAAGGCCUACUAUUACCUGUACCCCUUCAACAUCGAGUACAGCCUCUUUGCCUCGGCGAUGACCUACGUCAUGUUGAAGAACAUCGGCCGCCAGAUGGACGAACACCACAACCAUCAUCUCAAAUUCAGCAUAUGGGACGUUCUGGUCGGUCCGGUGGCCGGACUCAUCAUUCUGGUGGUGGGUCUGGCUACGUUUGUGGUCUACGAAGUGGACGUGUCUAAGGGAGACCCAAUCAAGAAGAUGGAAGCCCUGACCAUCUAUUACAGCAACAACAUAGUCACCGUCCUACUGAUGUCCAUAGCGACUCUGUCCGGUUGUAUUAUCUUCCAGCUGGAUAAGAGGGAGCAUGUGUCUGAGAAGAACCCUACGCGGAGUCUAGACGUGGGACUGUUGGUGGGAGCGUCGCUGGGCCAGUUCCUCAUCAACUACUUCACUAUAGUGGCUGUGCUGGCGUCAGGGGUCAAAGGACGCGUGAACAAGCUCAGUCUGGUCUCGUCUCUUAUGACCGUGAUCCAGCUGUGUCUACAGAACGCCUUCCUCAUCAAAGGCCUCCACCGAAAGCCGUUCAAAGAGACGCACACGGCCACCGUCUUCGCUAACGUCAGGGUCGUUCAGAGAGACCCGGAAAGACGGGCCAGCUCUAUCGUUCCAGCACACACGCUACCCAUCCCCUUGACACUGUUUCAGAGCCGUCUCUCCUGGAAGAGGAGGAUCCUAAAGGAGAUCUGCGCCUUCUUGUUACUCUGCAAUGUCAUUCUGUGGAUUAUACCGGCGUUCGGAGCCCGGCCUCAGUUCGACAACACUGUCGGAUCAGACAUCUAUCAGUUUCAAACGUGGGUAACUGUGGUGAAUAUCGGGAUGCCGUUUGGGAUCUUCUACCGCAUGCACUCGGUGGCCAGUUUGUUUGAGGUCUGCUUUGCCUCAUAAAUACACUGAUCACACAAGAACUCUUACUGUCAGAUGAUGCACAUCACUUUGUAAUAUUAUAUAUACUAUAUAUAUAUACAUUUAUUUUUAUAGGGUAUUUUUGUUUAGCUAAAAGUUUUAUUUUUUAUCGACAAUACUGUCGUGUAUAUGUUUGUUCGAGAAUUUGUGGAUGUCUUGUGGGGAUCAUGUUGAAUGAACUGAAAUCUUAUGAAAUAUGUGUAAGAUGUCACAUAUCUAUUAAAAUUUGGCUUAACGCUGUUACAAUACUCUGAGAGUAAAGCUGAGAGCUGUACCCUUUAUAGAUUCAAUGGAUCACUGGAUUUUACUCCGAAUAAAAUGAAGGAAUAUGG